AUGGCCGAUAGGUAUGGCAGUCGCCCGGUGCUUCAUCAAAGCCUUCAUCAUCAUCAUCAUCAACAGCAGCAGAGCAUUGAUUCAACUGAACAGAUAAUCAGAAACCAGCACUGCAAUACAGCCGUUGACAACGACGACGACGACGACGACGAAGUAGUUGUAGAUGAAGAGGAGGAAGAGGGAGAAGAAGAAGAAAACGAUGCCCUUGAUGCGCUAGAAUGUGAUUUAGUAAAAAAGACUGAUUUAGUUGAACUUAGUGACGAAAAAGAGGAAGAGGAAGAGGACGAGGAAGAGGAAGGGAAGACGAUUGACAGCCACGAGGAAGACAGCGAAAUGAGGCUGCUGAGACUGAACAGCGCCGGGCAGCUUGGACCGGAGCAGCUAGCCUCGGAGGUGCUCGCCAACAUGGCGGCUCGUUUCAAGAACUUCGAGGAAAUUCUCGCCGACCUGCGCCUGCAGCUAGUGGAGAUGCGUUCCCGGGACGGAGCGCUGCUGCGGCGAAUGGCGGCGCUCAAUGAGCAGCUCUCGGAGAUGCAUCUCAUCGAGGUGCUUGCACAAGGCUCUAGUAGUGGACCUCACCACUUUUCCUCCACCUCGACAGCAGCCACGACAGCCACCGUCAGCCCUAGCCAUGGAGGUGAGCCGUACGGUGACCUGCACAUGACCGACUACGGCGGCGCUGAGGCGCACCUGUCCUCGCAGUUGAAGCUGGCAGCAGCAGCAGCCGCCGCCGCCUCUAAACGCCCAAAAGUUGGACCGCCGGGAAAGGGCUCAUUUCAUAGGUGA